UUCGCACCGGUUCAGUCCACCGGAAUCAGCGAAGCGAAGCGGUUCGAAGCCAAACCUCCGGCGGGCCACGGGUCGCGGAUCGUUUGUCGGUUUACGUCGUUUUAUUUUGUUGUUUUGUGUGGUUUUUGUCUUUAUUUUGCUUUGACUGCUUUUACGUCUACUUUGUUCGUGACGUGCUCAAACGCUCGAAAAGGGGCGCGAACCUCGCGUGAUUAGCACGUGCUGCUGUGGUUGUUUAUUUUUACUUUUCUUUUUUUUUUACAACACGUGAUUGGCUAAGAUGCUGGGUGGAAGUGUUGUCUGUCCGGUGGUUCUUUCAAUAAUUUAAAGAAUGAACAAUUCGAUGAAGUUUUGUGAUAAAAGUGCUUGCAAUCAAGUGAUGUGGAAGAAAUAAAGGAGCAAAUUACACAUACAAAAUCAUCAAAUCAAUAAAGAGAAAUAAACAAAAUUGUUACAGCUAAAUAAGCGGGUGUAUUUGGUGCCGCUAGGAGAAUCUACGAAAAAGUGCCAUAGUCAUUGCAAUUAUGAAUAAAGUGCCCUCCCGCAUCCAAAUUAGUGAUACAAACAAACGCGAUAACUAGCAAUGUUUAUGUUCAAGUUUCCUGUCGUUUAAUGUGUGUGAGGCGUGUGUUUGUGUGUUUGUGUUGACCAACGUUCCAGUGGCCCAAAACUCAACGCUGUAUAGUAAUGUUGUUUGAAAUACGAUAAGCUACCCUACAUAGAACAACAUUCACCAGUUCCCUAAUUGAUUGUCCUUACUGCUAGACUAAUAAGCAGAGCUUACCGUACCAACCUUGGCAUUACAAUUAGGUGCAAUUUGAAUCCAUUUUAACGGAAGAAAAUGUACCAUAAAUCAUGCUAUUACUGCGUGCUGGUGUAGGCUUAAAGUACGCAGCAUGCUGUACAAAACCCGUCGCCCGUAGCUAAAUGUGGAUUCAUAUGUAGCUGUGUCCUAGAUGACACAGCAUGCAGCAUUACAUUUGCUCAGCCUAACAGCGAUUAAAGUAAUCCAGCAAACGUAUUUGCUACAAAAACAAGAAGGUCUCGGGUCCGAGGUUUGUUUGCGAAGUGUUUGACCCACCGCGAGCGUGACCCUAACAUCCAGUAACCCAUUAACCCUGAGGUUGCGUCCACCUCCGCGUGUCCCCUCGCUGUCGGCACAAGGUGGGAAGGCAAGGUCGCCCGAUUAAAGUAGCACAAUCGGGCAGCACCGCGAAACGCAAUAGCCGAAAGUGGUGUUAGUAGUAAGUUCGGCCGCGGGGGGGUGAUGGAAACGAUUAAGAGGGAAAAUAUACAGCUAGGUGAUAAUAGAAAACUGGUGGCCACGAUGGGCGGCCCACUACCACCAUCAGCAAUCGGCGCUACGGCCAGCAGCAGUACGGUGGUCGUCCGGUCGUCACCAACACAGCCAACACCGCCCCAGUCGGUCGCCGAAGCGAGCGUCGUCAAUCCGGUCACGGCACUGUGCGAGGUGGUCGACCAGCGCCAGGCACCGGGCGAGAAGUCAGUUCAUCCGCAGUCGCCGACGUCGCACCGUGCGUGGUUUCGGAAGUCCAACACUUGUGGCAGCCUGUACGUACAGUGUGGCUGCACCGUAGAGCCCGGUGACGACACGCAACCGAACGACCAGCAACGUCACAGUGAUCCUGCCUGGAGUUCCAUCCCACCCCGUCCGCCAGUGCCGACGCGACCCAUUUCGCUGUCCGAUAAGGACAUUCGACGGAUUCGCCCCCGGACCGAUAAGCCCCCGUUCAUACACCCGGACAGCCCGACGACGGUGUACAGCGGUGCGGUCGUUCCCCACGAUGCCUCGGUGAGGAAGUCCCACCCCAACCGUGCCCUUGUACCGACGGCACAAACCGCCAACGGGGACUACGAAAUUCUGCACACGGCACAUUCCAAGCGCUACUCGACACCGACCAUCGGCACCGGGUACGCCUUCCAUCCGGAGUUUGUCCUGCAAAAGCUUGGCCCAAUCGGUGACGAGACUGGCGGUGCGGCUCAAAUCCAGUCCCCCUCGCCCCAGUCGGAACCGGUGCGCGGCGGUGCGGCGAAAGUUGUGUUCAAGCAAAGAAGCUGCACAAGCUACCCGGGACUAGCGGAAGGCAGUGAACCGUUCGGGGCGUCCUUUUCGAACGCGUCCAGCAUCGAGGAAGUUGGGUCAGCUGUAGUGCGGUGCCAGGACGCUGAAAUCGUCCGUCUGCCUUCGCUUGGGUCGUUCGAGGAGCUUCAGCGACGGCAAAGUGUGAGUUCGCCGCCACAGCAACAGCAACACCAACCAGCCGUCACCGUGAGCGACACUGGUGGUACCCUUGACACGACCGGACAUUGCCGCGGUGUGCUAAUUGAAUCAAACAGCAACAGUGCGGGCAAAGCGAGCAGCGCGUACGCCAUCCCGGCACGGAAGGGCAGGCAGCUGUUUGUGGACAGUGGCAGCGAUCAACUUAGCGUCUCGCUCGACACUGGGCGCGAGGCACACCGGCGGAGCGAGGCAGCCCACCAACAGCCCGGUGCCGUUGCGAGCUGCAUCAGUGCAGAGAACAGCCCGCCGAGCCCACCGUCCCUGCUGCUCAGCCCGGUCAUACCGUCAAAGUUCGACUGCUCCGCGAAGGAGUACCUGAUACAGUCCGGCAUACUCGGUCCGAUGGGUAAUGGGUCGUCGCUGCUCAUGCGCAAAACCUCCAAGAUUGUGCCGAACAUUGAUACGCCGGUGAAGGAGCGGAUACGUAAAAAUUCGGUAAAGUUUUGGGGCAAAGUGCUUACCGAGGAUCGGCGAAAAUCGCUCACCGGUCAGUGUGACAGUUUGCAGUCGUACGGCAGCUCAAUGACGAUCAGCGGUACCGAACCGAACAGCCUGGAGGAGGAGCUCGUUGGUCUGCGCAGGCUGCUGAGGGCGCGCGACGACGAGAUCGACAAGCUGCGGCGUGAGAUCGACAAGCUGAAGAGUGUACUACAGCAGAAGGCAAUCAACAGCCUCGAGCAAACGAGCAUACCAUCGGGACAGCAGCGGCUAACGCUGACCAGCCCGACGGGCACACCGUCGCACAAGGGCCAGCAUGUGGCCGAGGGUGAGCUGCUGUCCAGCAUACAGGCCAACUACGCGAUGGCCGGUCAGCCGCUGUCCGAGCUGUUUGGCAUAUCCGGCAACAGCUUCAAGCUGCACCAGAUGAAGUCGGUCAAGGGCAUCACGCUGCAGGCGAUGAAGAAGCAGGGCGUGUCGGGCGAAAGCUGCGACCUGAUGGGUAGCCAGUCGAGCGACAUUAAGAUACCAAAGUACAAGAAAGAUUUCAGUGCAAAGCAGCUGAUCAAAGACGCAAUCAUGGAGAACGAUUUCUUUAAAAAUAUCGACUCGCUGCAGAUAAGAGAGAUCGUCGAUUCGAUGUACAGCCGAGAGUUUCGCAAGGGUGAGUACGUCAUCCACGAGGGUGAGGCCGGAUCGCAUCUGUACGUGUCGGCGGCCGGUGAGUUUGAAGUCAUCAAGGAUAGCAAGGUGCUAGGGGUGAUGGGACCGGGCCGGGCAUUCGGUGAGCUCGCCAUACUAUACAACUGCACGCGAACGGCAUCGAUACGAGUGCUAUGUGAUUCCCGCGUCUGGGUGCUGGACCGGCGAGUGUUCCAGCAGAUAAUGAUGCGCACCGGAAUGCAGCGGAUAGAGGAGAACGUGAACUUCUUGAAGUCGGUACCACUGCUAAAGCACCUCAGCAACGAUGUCCUUACGAAAAUUGCUGACGUUUUGGAGGUGGAAUUCUAUCCGGCUGGAGCAUUCAUCAUACGGCAAGGUGCCGCUGGAGAUACGUUCUUUUUAAUUAGCCAGGGAACGGUGAAAGUAACUCAGCGGCUACCCGGACGCUCGGUGGAGGAAGAGAUACGCAUCCUCGUCCGUGGAGAGUACUUCGGCGAGCAGGCGCUCAUUAGGGAGGACAAGCGCACGGCCAACAUUAUCGCCAUGUCGCCCGGUGUCGAGUGUCUGACGCUGGAUCGCGAAUCGUUCACCAAGCACAUCGGCGACCUGUGCGAACUGCAGGAGAAAAACUACGGCGACGAGGAGCGAGUGCUUGCGUUCCGCAAUCUCGAGAACACUCACCCAUCGCUCGGAUCGUGUCAACCGGAGCUAAUGGAUGUGAAUCUAACCGACCUGGAGGUGGUGGGAACGCUCGGUGUCGGUGGGUUCGGUCGGGUCGAGCUGGUGAAGCUCGAGCGGAACGGUGAUACGAAGGUGUACGCGCUGAAGUGCAUGAAGAAGCGGCACAUCGUGGACACGCGGCAGCAGGAGCACAUGUACAGCGAGCGGAAGAUUAUGCUGGCCUGCCAGAGCCCGUUCAUCUGCCGGCUGUACCGCACGUACAAGGAUGCGAAGUUCGUGUACAUGCUUCUGGAGGCUUGCAUGGGCGGUGAGGUGUGGACGAUCCUGCGCGAUCGCGUUACGUUCGAGGACUCGACGGCUAAGUUUAUCGUGGCGUGCGUGCUGCAGGCGUUUGACUUUCUGCACGCCCGGGGCAUCGUGUAUCGGGAUUUGAAGCCGGAGAAUCUGCUGCUGGAUGCGCGGGGAUAUGCAAAAUUGGUUGACUUUGGAUUCUCCAAAUUCAUUGGCUACAGCAGCAAAACGUGGACAUUCUGUGGUACGCCCGAGUACGUGGCGCCGGAAAUAAUUCUCAACAAAGGGCACGACCGAUCCGUCGACUACUGGGCGUUGGGCAUACUGAUACACGAGCUGCUGACUGGCAUCCCACCCUUUACUGCAGCAGAUCCCAUGAAAACGUACAAUAUCAUACUGAAGGGCAUCGACAUGGUAAACUUCCCCAAGCACAUGUCCCGUGCCGCCGUCAGCCUUAUCAAACGGCUCUGCCGAGAUGUCCCAUCGGAGCGGUUGGGUUACCAGCGCGGUGGCGUACAGGACAUCAAAAAGCACAAAUGGUUCCAGGGUUUUGACUGGGAUGGUUUGAUCGCGCUCACACUUAAAUCCCCACUGCAGCCGAACCUGCUGGGACCGCUGGACAUGUCCAACUUCGAUAUCUUCCCCAAAGACUUAGACAUUCCGCCGGACGAGCUGUCCGGGUGGGAUGCCGAUUUCUGAGAGCUUCUUGAGCGCUAACGCCACAACCGUUCGGGUAGUAGUGAUACGAAUAAUCUGCAAUAAUACAUGCCUAGCAAUAAGUUGGUUAAACGUUGUUUUUAUAGCGUUAAGAUGCAUUAAAGUAAAAAAAAAACACAGAACGCACACAAACAAACACACUGA